AUGUCGAGCGAGGAAGAAGAAGAGUACAAGUGGACGCUGGCCGGUUACGGUGCGAGUCUCGGCCUCAAACUCAACAGGAGUGACCGAGUGGCGGCGGCGGCGACCAGCAGCAGCAGCAACAGCUGCAGCAGGUGCUUCGAGGAACGACUUGGCAGAAGUUUGCGUUCGACCCGCAGAGCCAAGAUGGCGGAUGGCGGCGGCUGA